GUCAUCCGCCGGUCCUCCGCUCCUCCCCCCUUCCCCCACUUCCGUGAAGCCCCCGCCUUCCGCAACGCCGAUGAGUGCUCACCUCCCAUCCUCAUCCACAUCUCCAUGACCCUCGACGCCAACUACCUCCGCGGCACCAUCGCCGCCGUUUUCUCCAUCCUCCAACACACCUCCUGCCCCCAAAAUGUCGCCUUCCACUUCCUCUCCUCCCGCUCCAACCCCUUUAUCUCCGCCAUCAUCAGCUCCACCUUCCCUUUUCUCAACUUCCAACUCCACCUCUUUGACUCCUCCCGCGUUCGCUCCCGCAUCUCCCGCUCCGUCCGCCAUGCCCUCGACCAACCCCUCAACUACGCCCGCAUCUACCUCGCCGAUAUCCUCCCUCCCAAUGUCCAUCGCGUCAUCUACCUCGACUCCGACGUCAUCGUCGUCGACGACAUCCGCACCCUCUGGGCCGUCGACCUCGAAAGCCUCGUCGUCGCCGCGCCCGAAUACUGCCACGCCAACUUCACCAAAUACUUCACCGACGCAUUCUGGGCCGACCCGGUCCUGGCCCGAACGUUCGAUGGGCGUCCUGCAUGUUAUUUCAACACGGGGGUGAUGGUGAUGGACGUGGAGAAAUGGAGGGCGGCGGGUUAUACGAGGAUGGUGGAGGAUUGGAUGACUGUGCAGAAGAAGAAAAGAAUAUAUCAGCUUGGAUCGUUACCUCCGUUUCUGCUUGUUCUAGCUGGAAACAUCAAGGCUGUGGAUCAUAAAUGGAACCAGCAUGGGCUUGGAGGGGAUAAUAUAGAGGGCCGGUGUAGGAAUCUUCAUCCAGGGCCUGUUAGCCUGCUUCAUUGGAGUGGAAAGGGGAAGCCAUGGUUAAGGUUGGAUUCUAGGAAGCCCUGCGCGGUUGAUUAUCUCUGGGCUCCUUAUGAUUUAUACAGAUCUUCUUCGCCUUCCCUUGAAGAGUAG